CAAUUUAUAUUCCAGGAUGGCUGUGGAAGAAAAAUCAGAAAUUCUUAAGACAUCAAACUGGAGUUGAAUCGCUUCAAGCUGUUAUCAGCUGCUUGUUGAACCAGUUUGGAUCACCGUUCUUAGGAAUUUGGCAGGUCUAUCUUGCAACUGUGCAAAUAGCCAAAGUGGAGGGUGUCAAGCUUGAAGCUUCUUUUAUGUCUGAACGGGCCUCUCUCUAUUUGGGAUCGAUCGGGUUGCUUGGAGAAUACUGUCCGGCAUCAAGAAAAAAGUAUAGGCCCUCUUCGAAGAAAGUUGUUGCCUGCAUGCAUCUCGGACCGUUUCGUGAUUCCAAAGAUCUUAGUGGUUGCAGCUGGAUGCGACAUUUUCCAAUUGCCAGAGACCAAUCUACCUUCCAAGAAGGAACACCACUGUUCAACAACCUCCUCAUCAGCAUCCUCCUUCUGCAGUGACAUCUGAUAUUACCAUUUUAGCAUUUUGUAUCAAGAGUAAGUCAAAGUAAACAUGGCUUUGCAGAACAUAGGCGCUGGAAACAGCGACGAUGCCUUUUACAGGUAUAAGAUGCCCAAGAUGAUCACCAAAAUUGAAGGCCGUGGGAAUGGCAUCAAGACCAAUGUGGUUAACAUGGUCGAUAUUGCAAAGGCGCUGGCAAGGCCUGCUUCUUACACCACUAAAUACUUCGGAUGUGAGCUUGGAGCACAGUCCAAAUUUGAUGAGAAAACUGGCGUUUCGCUUGUCAAUGGGGCCCAUGACACUCCCAAGCUGGCUGGGCUACUUGAGAAUUUCAUCAAGAAAUAUGUCCAGUGCUAUGGUUGUGGCAACCCUGAGACAGAGAUCAUCAUCACCAAGACACAGAUGCUCACCUUGAAAUGUGCCGCCUGUGGAUUUGUGUCGGAUGUGGACAUGAGGGACAAGCUCACGACCUUCAUUCUCAAGAAUCCACCUGAGCAGAAGAAGGGAUCGAAGGAUAAGAAGGCGAUGAGAAGGGCUGAGAAGGAGCGGUUAAAGGAAGGGGAAGUUGCCGACGAGGAACAGAAGAAGUUGAAGAAAGAAGUAAAGAAGAAGGGUUCCUCCAUCUCCUCAAAGGAACCUGCUCCCAAGGUUGGUGUAAUGAAGAAGAAGGCCAGCGGAUCCGAUGAGGAUCAGUCGUCGCCUGCUGCCAGCCAGGCUGACGACAAUGAAGCACCUGCCGAUGAGGACGACAUCCAGUGGCAGACUGACACCUCGCUGGAGGCAGCCCGGCAGCGCAUCCAAGAGCAGCUAAGUGCUGUGACUGCUGAGAUGGUCAUGCUCUCCACCAACGAGCCGGAUGAGGAUAAAAAGCCCAAGCAGGUGAAGAAAGCAGGGGUCAAGAAUGGAGGGACUGCAGAACCUGAAGAGAAGGCCAAGCUUGGAGCUGAAAAUGGAACCCAAACCCUGGUUCAGGAGAUACAAGGCAACCUACGAAAGGGUUCCACUCCAAGCCAGCUACAAUCCUUCCUUGGGAGUCUUGCAGGGACACCACAGGAGGUCAUGAGUGCCCUUUUUGAUGCUCUUUUCGAGGGUGCUGGGAAAGGGUUUGCCAAGGAGUUGGCUAAGAAGAAGAACUACAUUGCUGCUGCCAUGGAAGGUGAAGGAUCGCAGGUGCUCCUGCUGCAGGCUAUAGAGGCCUUCUGUGGCAAGGCAAGUGCGGAUGCAGUGAAGGAGGUGGCCCUGGUUCUGAAAGCUCUCUAUGAUGCAGACUUGCUGGAGGAAGAGUAUAUCAUGCAGUGGUACAAGGGUGGUCUUGCUGGAGGGAGCAAGAAUGCACAGAUAUGGAAGAAUCUGAAGCCUUUCGUAGAGUGGCUCCAGAGCGCAGAAUCUGAAACGGAAGAGGAUUGAGAUUAGGCAAUCUGUAGCCCAAUGCGAUGAUUGUUCUCUCCUGCACUGCUAUUUUCUAGUAGGGUGUGUUUGAGGCGGGCAGGUUUAUGGUAGGGGAGCAUAUGAAUAAUGUCAGUUGUUUGCUAUAGCAUCCGCCAACUAAGGACGCAUGGGUCUCUCUCUCUCACGCAUGGGUCUCUCUCUCUCUCUCUCUCUCUCUCUCUCUCUCUCUCUCUCUUAUUGGUUCGAAUGUUUUGCGUUUGGCUGUUUACUUACAUCUGGGAUUUGAAGUUUUAUGUCUGGUACUUGCUGUUAUGUGUAGUUUGUGAUUUACAGUUUCGCUUUUUUA